GGGUCACAUAUACAAAUAAUUGUACCACUCUAAGGUCUCUGCAGAUAAAGCAUCGAUUCAACAUUUCCCUGUUGAUGUUUGAAUCCCCAGUUUUCCUUUUCUUUUGUGUUUGAUUUGAAGUAGGGUAAGCGGGGUUUUUUAGUUGGGUUCCGAUGUUAUCUACCAAGAAGAAGAUGGACAACGCCGUUGGUGCCAGACACGUUAGAGCUUGUGAUAGCUGUAUAAAGAGAAGGGCUCGAUGGUACUGUGCUCCCGACGAUGCUUUCCUUUGCCAAGCCUGCGAUUCCUCGGUUCAUUCGGCGAAUCCGCUUGCUCGUAGACAUACACGAGUUCUCCUGAAAACCGCUUCGUACAAGUCAUCGGAGAGCUUUUCGCCGUCUUGGGAUCGAGGGUUUACUAAAAAGGCAAGGACGAAGCGACCCCUGAAGGGCUCCAAAAGGAAGAACGACCCCGUUUCUAUCGUGCCGGAAAUCGGUGUCGAUGAGAUAUCGCAUGAAGAGAAUGAAGAGGAGCAGUUGCUCUAUAGGGUGCCGAUAUUUGAUCCCUUUGUUGCCGAAUUAUGCACUUCCACGACGUCAAACGAAGCUGCCACUGCGACCGAGUCUAAAGCUUUAUUGGCUGAUGGUUCGCAUUGGUUUUUCCCUUCCGAGAUGGAUCUUGCAGAGUUUGCCGCCGAUGUUGAUAGCUUGCUCGGUAAGGGUCUCGAGAACGUGUCCUUCGCAAUGAAGGAGGUGGGCCUAAUCGACUCCAAAGAGGACUUUAGAGACUGUUCAAUGGUAAACGGUAAAGUGAAGGUUGAAGAUGAAGAGAGUUUCGAACCGUUUGAGUUAAGCUUUAACUAUGAUUCCCCGGCAACCUGCGGCCGAGAGGAUGAGUUUGUAAAGGAAGAUGUAAAGAAGAGUAAAGGGGGAGUGGAAUACGAAGAGAAUACAGCAAAAACGAAGAAGAAGAAACCAUUUUUGAGCUUAGAUUAUGAAGCAAUCAUCUCUUCCUGGGCAACCCAAGGCUCCCCGUGGACGUCCGGUGGCCGACCAGAUUUUAACCCCAACGAAUGCUGGACCGAUUGCAUGGGAAAUGAAGGAGAAGAAGCUCGCCAUAGCUAUGGUGGUUUGAUUUGCAUGGGAGGACAAAUUCUGACAAUGGGAGAUGGAGGAAGAGAAGCAAGAGUGUCGAGAUACAGAGAGAAAAGAAGGACGAGGUUGUUCUCGAAGAGAAUAAGGUACGAGGUUCGGAAACUGAAUGCUGAGAAGAGGCCUCGAAUGAAAGGGAGGUUCGUGAAGAGGGCAUCGUCCUUUCUUGCUGGACCUGGUUUUCCAUUGCACAACAAGUAGCUGCUGUUUUCUUGAACCAUUCGGUUCCUUUUCGAACUCAGCGCCAGUGAGACUAAUUACUGGUUAGUUCUUCCUGGUGUUUAGGCCUCUAAUGUUCUUCAAGUUUGAAUAAAUUUAAUAAAUGACUUGUGAGUUGCUUAGGGUUUUUCUUUUCUUUUCUUUUCUUUUCUUUUUAUUCUCUCAGAUUUUCUUCUGUUUAUUUCUGGAAUCUGGGGAAUUAUAGAAAAGAAAAUUGUAUGUAGAAAAUUUGGUCGUUGUAUGAUUAUCUUAGCAUUACCCUGUACAAAGCUUGGAUUGAAAAGGCUUUUCUGUUUGAAAAUUUUGAUAUCCAACUGUUUGUGUGGUUUCACUUUGAUGAA